AGUUUUAUUAAUUUAUUAGCCUUUACAUUUUGUUUUGUUUUGUUAUCCUGAUACCAGUUUAUAAUUUUAGUUGCAUUUGCUGGACGAAUCUGUGCUCCUUGGUGUAGUUUUAACAAUCUCACAUAUUGUUAAGUUAUAUUUUUAUAUUUUUUAAUAACCACGGGUCUACGUUACAAAUAUUAUUUUAUUUCUAACUCUGAACACAUGUAAUUAAAGUAGUGUGUUACUUAUUGUGAAUAAAGUAUAAAAGAAUUAAAUAUAAGUCUAUAAUAAAACUCUGUCAAAAACAUUUGAUAGUUUCCAAGAUUAUCAACUAUCAAACUAUUGCAGUUGCUAUAGUCACCUAUAACUUAUAUUAUGGUUAUUUAUUCACAGUUGUAGCAAUAACAUUAUUUUGUCCUACACCAUUGUUGCGGAUUAAGUCGUAGAUAUUUUACUGCAAGAGCUAUCAACGCUUGGCAUAGGCUAUCAGCUGUGAGAGGAGUCUGUAGACCUACUGGCCAACAUGUCUGAGCUUGGUCUAGGAGUGUUCACAGCAGAGUCAUGCCAGCGCCACAGGCGUACCAACUUCCACUUAAUCACCGAAAUCAACAGCCAGGUGGCGCUCUUCCGGGACCUGCUGAUUCACAUAGGCACGGCACGAGAUUGUCCUGAGCUGCGGGAGAAAAUACGCAAGUUGCGCAGGACGUGUGUGGACGCGUGCAAACACACUAGCCAACUGCUACUGCCUCAGAUUCGUAGUGCGGUAGCUGAAGGAAUCCCAGCCGACCACCCUCACCUGGUGCUGUUGUUCUUUAUGUGCCAACUGUUCCUGAGGGAACUGGCCAAGUGUAGCCGUCUGGUACAGCUGGUCCCCAUGGAUAUGACGGGAUACUUCGAGAACCGGGCGGGUCCGUCGAACCUGGGGAACGUUAUCAGUCAGAUACUGUUGUGCAAGACGAUAGCCCCCGACUUCAAUCAGGAAGAGAUCCACAGCAUCGCCAAGGACUCGCAGGAGCUUAACAGGAUCGUUCACGAGAUGCAGGAGUUUCUGCCACAACAGGAGUCCGCCGCAGAGAGGCCGUCGGCACUGGCUGCGGAAGACGCGACCAGCAAGUGGACAAAGAAGCGAAGGCGUAGUUCCAUCUACCGCAACGUCGGCUCCUUCUGCUGCAUGUGCCGGCCCAACUACCUGUGAUACUCCCAACAUCGCGUCCGCAUCCCCACUCGCAAUAAACCGUGCCUCUCCUCGACACGAUCUCCCUAGUAUAAGUCACAUGUAGACAGUCCCAGAGUUUCGUUCUGCCUCCGCCUUGUCGACAGUUGGGCGUUUUAAAAGUUUCCUUUUAAAUACAUAAAAAUCAGGCGUAUAUAAACGCUAAGCUACUGGAAUGUUGGAAAUGCCCAGACCUCGAACAGACUGCAAAUCAAGUCAUCUUAUUUUAGCAGGUCGUUAGGGCAUAAUUCCUCUUACAAAUCUUUUUUAUAUUUCAAAGAGUUCUCUUCAUGAAUGCAAUUGCAUACUAUAUUUUCUGAUAUAGGAAUAAAUAACUUUAAAUUGUUACUUGUGUUUAUACUCCCUACAUAAUCUUUAAAAAUUGGAAACUUUGAUCAUCCAUAUUAUUUGGUACAAUUCAAAUGUAAAAAAUAACUAUAACUUAUUCUAUUACUCACAAAUAUUUGCGAACACCAGAAUGAAAUGCCAGUUACUUCAACACGUUCAAUUUAGUUUUCACUUUUUGUUUACGUUACCCUAUAAGGCCUCAACCAUUUAUAGGCAGAAAUAAAUAAUUCUACACGAUAAAUUAAAUGUUAGUUUUUCAUGUGAGCUACAGCUUAGGAGUACACGUUAAAAACCUAAAGUUUUAAUAGCAACUUCUGAAGAGUUAUAAGAUUUAAGGUUCCAGAACAUCAUUUCAAAAUAGGUUUGUUACGAAUUAUGUAUUUACAACCUGUCAGUACUUAAGAAAAAACUAAUUUAGGCCACAUACCAUCCAACUGUCUCAUGAUCCAAGUCUCUGAUAUCACAACUGUCUUCUAAUCUAACUAUUGGUAUUGUGCGUAUUAAUGCAUCAUCAAAAUAUGGAACCGUUCUAUAAAGCCUAAAUACUCACAUCGUAUCGAUAAUGAUGACGAUCAUUAUUUGACCGAAAAGUGUAACAGAAAAUACAAGUAAUUUGUAAUGGUAGGCAGUUAACUCCGUUGUCACGUCAUAUGUUCAUAAUGUAUGAGUUUAAAGUGAAUUGUGACACGAGUUUUAGUUAGUACUGUUACCUUCACAUAGCAACGUCAUGUGUAUAACAUGAUAUUUGUGUAGUACAAUAUGACAUCAAUUAUACAAUACAUGAAUCUAUACAAUAAUUUAAUUAUAAUAUCAAUAUAACAUGAACAAUAUGUCAACAAAUACUCUUUAAAACUAUUCAAAAACAUCAUCAUUUUAAUUCCUCUGUUAUCUAAUAUUACGCAGAGAACUUAUCAGAUUCGGUAGUUGCAGAACGAACUCUUGAUUCACAACUUAAAAGUCAUCGUCGAAUAAAGAAGCCACAUCAAUGUUUUGCACACUAUCGAAUUAAAAAGUAUUAUUAAAUAACCAUCUCUACCCGUUUCUUUCAUACAACGAGAUAAGCACUGUACAAAUGUUUCCUAAAAUCACGUUGUCCGUAAUUGAUCACAAUUGUGUUACUAUUGUAUGUAGAAAACUCACAAAAACCCUGGAAAAAGUUCCAUUUUUAUCUUAGUUACUUUUUGAAUUGUAUUCUUUAUUCAAAACAUAUAAAUUUUUUAAGGCAGUUCUAAAAAUAAAUGCAAUUAAUCUCUAUACAUAGCGUUUGAAUAUAAGUAACUCAAAUACUAUUAUUUUUAUAUAAAACUAAAAGCUAAGACAGUUUGAAUAUACAUGCUAACAAAGCUAUAAAUAAAUCUAUAAGUAUAUUUUUAUACUGAUAUGUCUUACAGGGCGCAAUCAAAACAGUAAUAAAGUCGGUUUCUUUGGUUUAAGUUACGGAACUUCUAAUAUACAAGAGACUAUUCUGAUUGAUGUUUUUUUAUUGAAAACACAAAACAGUUGUUUUAACUUUUAUGAAUAACCGUGUUAUAGCACAACUAGAUGUAAAAUAAUUUAAAUUCAUUCAAUAUUUGACUCAUAAUUUUAGUGUAGUAACAUAGCACAUAGCAAUAUGUAAAAAUGAGUCACGUUUUAGAAAUGAUUUGUAACACAAACAUUCUAAAUGUAAUGACUGUACUCGUACUUGUAACGUAUUGUAAUUGUGGGCACCCAACCCUUGAAACUUCCAACUAUAGGUUGACGCACUAACCUACUGUUGCACACUGGACAAUUAACUUCAAUAGUUCCAUUAAUUAUAUAUUAAACAUGGACUCUGUAUUUAAUAUUGUUCGUAAAGUAACACAUAUUUUGCUAUGUUUUAACCAACAUGUUUCAUCACUCAUUUGCAUUGUACUAAUUCUAACGUUUUUUUAAUUCAAUAUAGCAAAACCCUAUAAGUAAAAGGUGUAAAAUGUUUUACAGUUACUGUAUAAUUUUGGAGAGGAAUGUGCUAUUUUAAUGGCAUUGUAAAAAUUAAUGAUACACUGUAAACAAGUUUAAACGUAUUUUUACAUUUUUACAGAAUUUUACGUGCUUUUGCUUUUAACGAGUGGAUAUAAUAUUUUGGUAUUGUUUUUUUGGAACAUACUAUAUAUUGUAAAAAACACCAACUUAUUGAACCCUAUUUUGACUGUUCACUGUAGAACCUCAAUGUAUGAAUAUCGACCAAGUUUUUAUUGCAUUUGAUAAGAAUUUCAGGAUAGAAACAUAGGAAUUGUCGAUGUUUUAAACUAGGUUAUAGACGUAACAAAGUUAAACGGUAGUAGGGUUCGUCAGUUCUUUAGUAGUAGAGGCUUAGUUGUAGUAGUAGCGUGUAAUGCAACUGCGUAUUUACAAUAUUUUAGUUUAACUCAAUGGAUUUUAUAAGAUAUUAUGAGCAAUCACAAGGAUUUUACUAAGUAAGACUAUAAUUCUGAUUUUAGUACUAAAUGGAUUUGUAAAAUGAGAAUAGUUGUCAGUUUUGAUAAUGUAAUUUUUGUGGAAUAACAUAACUGUUUACAUGUACAUGAUGUAAUAACAACUUAAAGUAUAAUAAUAUAUUAACUAUUUAAGGAAUGUAAUACUGUAUGAGAAACUGCUUAGUUUUUAUUGUAGUAAUACAAACCUUAAAGGAAUUAUUCCUAAGCAUAGUACUAGAAUGUUUUCAGAAAGCUAGUGUAGUAAAGCUGGAAAUUUCGUUGAAAAAUGUUUAAAAUGUACACCAUCGUAAACUUAACUUGUAUAAACGUUAACUACACAUUUUAAAACCUUAACUGUACACGUGUAAACUUAUUUGCACGAUUGAAGAUUGUAAUGAAUUAAAUAUCAAAGGUAAAAGUAGAAUGUACUGCUUUAUUAGUACUUGAAAAUCCAACCGUAAACGUUAUAUUAAAUUUAAAAUAAAACUAUAUGGAAGUUAUUCAAAAGGUAAACGUCAACAACUUUAUUAUGAAAUAAAUCAUGGACGUGCUUUUAAUUCUAGAGAAAAGAAAUAAUAGAGUAAGAGGUUGGUAAAGGUUCGUAUUUAAAAAAUACACUAAAAAUGUAAUAUUGCCUAACGGUAAAAAAUGAGUCAAUGUAAUUUAAAACAUAUUUUUGUGCAUUUUUAUGCGAUUAAAUUGUGAAAGCCACCAUUUUGUAGGUUUAGACUUUAAAAAGAUAAAUAAUAUUUUAAUUUACUUGCAGUUUAAAACAAAUGUGUUUGUGGAAUCACAUGUCAAUUGAAGGUUAAAAUAUCUAUUUAUAGUAUUUGUUAACACUAUUGUCCUGUUUCAAAGUUGUACAAUAAAUCUAUUUAUUACGAUGUA